CAGUAUUCAAUCGGAUGCUCGCCCACAUUCUGCCAGCCAAGGCCCAACAAGCCCACCGCCUUCUUUUCCUUUCCCCUCAACCACCAUAAAGCAGGCCAAUCCUGCGCCCGAUGCCAGCCCAGCCUCCCGCAGGCUACUGGAAAUAAUCAAUUCUUGGCUUCGCACCCAGGCGUCAUUUUGCACUCGAUUGGAAUCCCUUCACCUUGGUUUGUUGUGCCUGCACUCACUGAAACCCUGGUGCAACGAUGGAUUGUGGCUUAGCACAGGUUACCCUGCCGAGCUGAGGCCCUCCACGUUUGGGCAUCGCGUUGUGUUGCGGAUAAACCAGCACUCCCAACGUCAAUUUAAGCCUACUGAACCCGACGUCCCCCCCUUCUUUUACUUUUAACCUCACAUAGUUGCUUCUGCUCCGCCCCCGUUUUACGAAAUAUCACACAACACUAGCUUCUGCGUGCAUGGAAUUUGUACCGCUGUCGCUGGCCCCUCCCUUCUCGGUUCAUCAGGUCCCUAAUAAUUCGUCUCGUAUCGGCGCGGCACUGAACCCACUCGAGUCGAAAGCCUCUCUAGCUUCUCCUGGUGAAUGCAUCUGAAUCUGACCUUUAUUUUGCUCGGAAUUGAAAUCCAAGGCGCGUACUGACUGCGGAACGAGUUCCAACGUAGCGCCGCCCAGAGAGGGUGACACUCGAUGUCCACAUCCCGAGCAGCUGCUGUCAUUGCCGACUUCGACGAGACAUGCGGACCUUAAUGUUACAGGCCACGUACAAGGCGACUUAGCAACCCAUCAUCGAGAUCGCCACUUCCCAACGACGAAGUCCACUGAGCCCCGCGCCUCUUUCACUCAUCGUGCCGACAAACCUCGAGAAUGGCUGCCCAUAUUCCUUGCGGAUAUCGCUCCAUCACCGAAUACCUUUUCCGCGAUGAUCAAGGCGACACAAUUGUUCGAGCCGCUGCUUACCAUCGCAAAGACUAUUGUCAUUCUGUGAUAUGGUUCUCGCCCCGCGAACACGUCGGGAUUCAUCUGUCGAUAGCAACGCCUUUCCAGCGGAUGUCCAAUACGGGACUCGGUUCCCUCGAUCGACUACCCCUCGAGCUCCUGCAUGAUGCAUUACUACAUUUAGACAUGCAUUCUCUAUUCAACUUUCGACAAACAAACCUCAGGUCGAGACAGACAGUAGACUCUCUGAUACAAUAUCAGAUGGUGGUCUCGCAUGGACUGAACCUUCUCUGCGCCCUGCUACGAACACAACUUGCCACCCGCGUUUCUCUGUUUGACUUUUACGACGCAUUAUGUACUAAGGCUUGUACUCUUUGCGGCAAAUUUGGGGGGUUCAUAUCCCUCCUGACUUGGAGUCGAUGCUGUUUUCUAUGCCUUCAAAGAGCUCCGGAAACUCAAGUGCAAACUCUUGCCGCUGUCCGGAAGCAACUCCACUUGACCAAGGCCAAACUCGACCACUUGACAUCAUUCAAGACUUUGCCUGGAAUAUAUUCGAUGAAGGAAUCCGUACACAAGUCACGCAUCACAGUCGUAUCUCUUCAUCAGGCCAUAUUGGUUUCUGGACAGCAUCGGCAUGCACUACCACAGGUACAUCCAGUGAACCUGGAACGAAAUCAGAAAUUCAACUUCAUGGGGUCUUGUGCACUCCCUUAUUAUGAUAGACGAACCGGCAGAGUCGAACACGGAAUAUCAUGUGCCGGGUGUCAACUUGCUCUCGAAAAAGACAUCAUAGGCUCCAGAGGCGAGAAAUGGGCGUUCGAGGCUCGCGACAUGGUAUAUGCGCAAGACAGCUUUUUAGAACAUUUUCGGUGGUGUGAACAGGCACAGCUACUGUGGAAAUCGAGUGGUGAAGGUAAUAAACGGUCGACCGAGCUACCAGAGGCUGCUCGGAGAGGAGGCUUCUUCAAUGAAAGAGACUAAA